UUAGAUCGCGCGGCGAACGGUGUUCCACGCAUGCACACAUACGUCUGACGUAGGCACAAUUCGUGCCUUACGCAUCUUGAGGUCGGUCGUGUGGUCGUGUGCUUCUUCACGUAGACACGAUCUGGUUCGCAUUUCCGUGGACUCCGGAUCGUACUCAUCAUGUCCUCAGGUAAGAAAGGUAAGAAGAAGAAGGGAGUGACCGUCGAUCUUUGGUCAUUCUUGGCGGAUGGAAAAAGCAAUCCCAAUGUGCCGCUCAAGACGAGCAGCUGGGCGGAUGAUGUCGAGGACGAUCACGAUGGAUUCUCAUCUAGGAGUAACAAGGAUCCAGUUAUUUUACCAACAGCUCCAAGAGCUGCACGGGGUCCUGGAAUUGAUGAAGAGAAUAUCCCCACAAAUCCACCUUAUGUGGCUUAUAUUAGCAAUCUACCCUAUGAUAUUGAUGAGUCUGAUCUUGUAGACUUUUUCACAGAUAUGAAGAUUUCAAAUAUGCGUUUGCCUAAAGAUGCAAAUAAAAGUAGAGGUUACGGAUAUGUCGAAUUCGAGGAUCGGCAGAGCUUAAUUGACGCUUUGUCUAUGACAAACACAACAAUUAAGUCGAGGCGAGUCAGAAUUGAGGUAUCCAACAACAGUAAUGAUGAACGUCGUGGUGGUAGGAUGGGCAGGGACAGUCGCAGGGAUAAUUAUGAUGAUCCGGAACGUACGUCUGGCGACUGGAGAAGCGGUCCGCGCGAGGAAUUACUUGACGGAGAUAAUUACCGCAGCCGAUAUGAUAACAGAGAUCGGCGAGACGACAGAGAGAGAUAUGAUUACGAUAAUAAACCUGGAGCUUGGCGCGAGAGAGACAGCAGUGAUAAAGGAUCAACGUUUAAGGACCGGGGUGGCUUCAGGGAUGAUGAUAAGGACAGGGACAGAGAUUGGAAUCGCUACGGUGACCGAGAAAGCAGAGACAGAGAUGGAGGCAGCAGUUUUGGACCGCGUCGUAAUUACGGCGAUUCUGGUUGGGAGCGCGAUCGCGCGCAAGAUAGAUCGAAUUCAGACGCAAAACCUGAACCGCGAACAAGACCUAAGUUGCAACUUCAGCCACGUACGAAACCAGUGGAGCCGAUCGUAGUGGCAGAGGAGGAAACAACACAAAGUUCAACAGAAUCGAAAUCAGCGAAAGCUCAAUCAGGGACAGCAAGUUCAACUCAGCAACAAGCGCCUGCGACUAAUAUCUUCGGCGCCGCGAAGCCUGUAGAUACGACCGCCAGAGAACGGGAAAUCGAGGAACGUCUCGCCAAGUCUUACGCAGAAUCAAGAUCCCGAGAGGAAACAGAUAACAAGGAACGUUCCAGCAAAGACAGCACUUGGGGCCGACGCAAUGGAGAAGGACGUGACGACAAGGACAAGGACAAAGAUAGGGAGAGAGGCCGACCGGCUUGGAGGUCGGAGGAAGACAGAGGUAGUCGGGUCGAGAGAUCGGCACCACGAUCUCAAGUUGCUACUGCACGUUCUGAACAGCAAAAUGAAGCAUCAUCAACUUCGCGUUCUGGAUCAGCAGUUGCUAAAGGAUCACAGAAGCCUAGCGAAAAAGAUGCUCGUGCUCCAGAAAGGGAUCGCAAAGAUAAAGAGAAAGAUGAAGUGAAUAGAAUGCCGAAGGCAAAGGAUGAACAAGCUCCAAAUUUUGUAGCUUCCAACAAGUAUUCCAUGCUACCUGAUGAUGUGGACCCUGACAAUAUCGAUGAUUAGUCCUAACGAUUCUAAUAAUUUGCAUUGCCGAAUAAAUUGUGCCACACGCAACAUAAUUGGUCUAUAUAUGCAUAUUAUUAAUAAUUUGUUUUACCCCUACUAAAUACUACAUGGAUUCGUCACGAACCAAACGUUAACACCCUUGGUAUUACUUUACUGGAAUUAUUGUUGAUUUGUAUUUAAUCUAUUUUAUUAUUCUCGAUAUAACUCCACCUACUUAUGUAUUUAUCUUAUGGUUUUCUUCGGAACAAAUCGUUAAAUCGCAACGUCGCAGAACCUUUACGACUAUAGAGCGAACGAUUACACUGAUCCUUUUGUACUUGAUUCUAAAGGUGAAUACCUUCUAGAAUCUAAGGAAUUGGGACUUUAUACAUCCUACUUAAUCUACUGUACACAGUAACUGUACGAUACGUGACUCGAUUACAUGUAAUAUAACAAUGCCAAUAUAUAGAAGGAAAUUAAAAAUAAUAAGUAUAUGGGAACACAAACA